CUGCUGCUCGCGCGGAGAUUUCCUGCAGAAUCGGCGUCGUGUCGCCGUUUCGACGCCUGUUUCCCGACAUCGGUUGCCGGUCGAUUUUCCUGCUGCUUCUUUCUGUUCCUGCAACAACGCCGUGGACCUGUCGUUCACAGGAGCGCGAAACCUGAAAAAAGACAAAAACAUAAAAAUGUCGAACGCUCGGUUAGCGAUCAGGAUGCUGUAGUGAUAGCUAGGUGGCCUCCAGGGGCGUACUUGGGGCCCUCUCGAUGGGGCCGAAGUAUCCGAGGGCCCCACGUUGGUAGUAGACGGGAUAGUCCCGUCCGGAUCCAUGAUGGGCUACAUCAUGGGCUGUACGUGCUUUAAAGAGCCGAAAAAAGAAAAGACUGAUGGAGCGGCACACAACGGCGCUCUUUCUCCGAACGGAGAGACGCCCUUACAUGUCACUCAACCCCCUGGAAUGGAAAAUAUCGGUUCGAAGCCAGAACGGCCGAGCACUUUGGGACAUGGGAAGCUUACCAGGAGGCUGUUGUGUUAUCAUAGCGAACACUUCACCGACGGGCAAUCUGUUCCACCAGGCAGCACACCUCCGCCCCACGAGAAGCAUCUCCACAACAUCCCUCCUCCGCAUAUUCCGGUCGGAGUACCAGGAUUUAUGUUGUCCGAGCUGCCCGAACCGCCCAUACCCGUUUCAGAAAUCGGACCGAUCCCACCUCCGCCGAUGUUUAGUUCGCCCAGUCCCAUUCCCAAUAGACUCUCGCCACCGCCCAACCAUCACAAUUAUGACUACGACGAAAAUGACGAGGAAGAGGAAGACGACGACGUCGACUACGAUGACGAUCAAUAUUUUAGAAUGCCACAACCGGACCCAUCGAUCGACACGAGCCGCAUUGACGAGAUCCCCGCGAAAGAGCCAAAAUUCCACGCUAUGCCUCUCAAAUCGGCUCUAAAGAAGAAACCAAACAGCGGACCCGGAACACCGCAGAAUACUCCGACUCAAGAAAAUAGACCUCUAACGAUGAGGCAGCAAGAGUAUAACUCUAGUUUUAAAAGGUCGCAUCUGAGGCCUAGGAUUAGAAUAUGUAGCAACAAACCAGUCAGAUUUGGUUUGGCGACAGCCAUAGAGAACAAAGAAAACGCGCGUCCGUUCGUGAUCAGGGAAGACGAGAGCGAUAGCGAUUCCAACGAUGGUCCUAUCACUUACAGAGACGAUGAAUCGAUGACUGACGAAAAGAGAUUGGCGCUUAAGCUCGCAAGGAAAGAGAGUCUAUCGCUCAAAUUGGCUCUCAGACCCGACAGACAGGAGCUGAUCAAUAGGAAUAUCCUUCAGAUACAAUCGGAUAAUGAGAGGCAGGAGGCCAAAGAGGCUAUAGGAGCUAGAUUGAUCAGAAGGCUUAGCAUGAGACCUACACAAGAGGAAUUGGAAGAGAGGAACAUUUUGAAAAAACAAAGUCCCGCCGAAGAAAAGAAACAGAAGGAAGAGAAGAAACGUUUUUUGUUAAGAAAAUUAAGCUUCAGGCCAACCGUUGAAGAAUUGAAGGAGAAGAAGAUUAUUCGAUUUAAUGAUUAUAUUGAAGUGACUCAGGCACACGAUUACGACCGCAGAGCGGACAAACCUUGGACGAGACUAACUCCGAAGGACAAAGCGGCGAUCAGAAAAGAAUUGAACGAGUUCAAAAGCUCAGAAAUGUCGGUUCACGAAGAUAGUCGACAUUUGACGAGAUUCCAUAGGCCUUGACGAUUGCAAGGCAUACUAGAAGAAAAGAAAAUUACUGUGAUGGGCGUAGUUGUAGUAAUCUUUCCCAUAAUCGCUUACUAUUAAAGAAAAAAACAUAAAAUAAUAAAAUAAAAAAAGACUUAUGUUAGAACCAUCAAAACUUGGAAAAUUGUGUAGUUGUUUUUGUACAUAAGUGAUUUUUUAUUACACAAAGUUUUUAUUAUUAAUUAUUAUUAUUAGUUAUCAAUUUUUGAUUAUUAUGAUUAUUAUAAUUAUUAUUAUUAUACAUAGCGAUUGUAAAUUUUUUCUUCUUUUUUUCUGUUUUAUGUUUAUUGAGUUAAAACAAACACUUCUUAUUGUACAUACAUAGUGCGAUUAUAUAUAUACAUAGUUAUUAAAACUGUUUUGAACGUAAACAUCACACCGAUUAGAUCGAUAACUGGCAACACUGAUAACUCACUGCUAUCUAGUACUGGUACGCAGAGGAAAUGAUAUCAUAUACUCAUUAUUUUCAGCAUUUUUAAAUACUUUUUGCAAAAGUGGAAAGAGCUUUAAAUUUAUUUGAAUAUUUAUAUUGCCAAUUUUUACCAAGACACAUCUUAAUAUUCCUUAUUUUUGGGUUUAAACAAAUACAAAGACUGCGUAAUGUUUUGAGUCCAGUUAACUGAAGAUCAUAACAGUUAGUAGAAGACACUUCUGAUCAUUGCAACAUCGCUUUUGAUAAUGUCUCGUCGCAGGCAUGAAACGUCAGGAAGAAGUUAUUCCAGACUACGGUCUGUAAACUCUAAAAACAAGGUACAACCACAUAAUAUUGGUCGUAAUAUUCUGUGUACUCUUGGAGAACAGAACUCAAUAUUUUACUUUUAUCAAAACAUUGUUGUGGACCAGAAUUAUGUCCUAAUAUCGAACUACUGGGAAUUUUUAAGUCUACUUUCCAAGAUUUAAUAUUUCAUUAAAAUGUAUCUGCUUGUAAUGUAUAUUCAGUCAUUUGUUCCAUAUUUGUCUUUUUUGUGUUUUAAUUCUUUUUAGUUUCACAAAUUCAUAAUACCUUCUCAUGAUUUAUUUAGUGGUUCUUCAAUAAAGUUUGUGAUUCGAUAGAAAAAGCAGGUUCUAAUUGCUAAAAUGGUUUUUAUUAGUUAAUAUAAUCUCCCUGUACUUGCAUACAAUUGUUCCAGUAAUCUUCAAAUCGAAGACGAUUCCACAGCUGCUAUUAUCCCUUGAUUUAUUAAAAAUCGUUUCAAAUAAUUGAUCUUUUUCAGAUGUGAAAACAGCCAGAAGUCGAUAGGUAGUUAAUCCGGAGAUUAGAGUGUACGUAAUGGUGCAACAAAGUAAAUUUUGGCGAUCUUUUUUUUAAACCGUGCCUGAUAUUGAAGAAAAAAUGAUAUCUUUGCUUUAAACCAUUACUUCUGUCACUAGUUUUACACCCAGUUUGUACAAAAGAUUACAAUAACAAUCGGAGUUCAUUGUUUUAGUAGGUAACACUAUUUUAGUCGAUUUCUGGAUUCUUACUAGCUUGGGAGCGAUGUACCGGAUUCACGCCACUCCUCCUCCUUCUCCGUUUGAUUUAUAAUCAUAAUGGUCGUCUUAAGUCUCAUCUAUAGUAAUUAAAUGAUGCAUACAAUAUUUUUAUACAACUAAAACACCCCAAAUGUUUUGUUUCGUUGUUAUUGAAAUGCGACACCCAUUGUGCACACAGUUUUCUAAGAUCCAAAACAAAUUCUCACUGCUAAUUAAAUAUAUAUUUUUCUUAUUAUAGGUAAAUAAUCCUUAUUACACCUUUAUCAAUCGUUUUGGAGUUUGUUUUGGUGUUAGACAUGCCAAAAAUAAAAAUAAAUUUCACAAUAUUUGUUUCCAUUGUAAAACAACAUUACUUAAACUUUGAUCAGCUGUAAAUAUUCGAAUGAUUUAAUACAUUCACAUAAAACUUGUUGUGUUUACCAAAAAGCAGUGCCAUCUCUAUAACAAUUCUCUUAGUAGCGCCAUCUCGUAUCGAAUCAUUAAAUUUUACUGAACAACCGGAUGUAUGUAUGCUCUUGUUAAUUCCUAAUGUUUGUUGGCACUAUUGUAUCAUACAUAUCUAUCUUAUUUAAUACAAAGACUCUGGAUCUAUCUUCAUAUGGCAAAUACGGCAUUGGAUCAAAAUAUUUUUUUUUUAAAUGUCGAUUCUAUAGUUUUGUGAGACAGCUUUGCCCGUACGGUUAUAAGUGCAACUAAAGCUAUAACAGAUUCAAGAAGAAUUGAUGAUGGAUUCGGAUUCAGUAUUAAAAGUUUUAAUUGAUAAUUAUAAAACCGGAUUUUGCACUUUGGGUUUCAAGAAAACUAGAGUCUCUGAAAUAGUAAAGUAUUUGAGGUACUAGAAGACUAGAAUGCUAAAAAAUUGCACAUUUCCAUCAAUUCCUUUGUAUCUAUUAUAUAUGGAAAUGAAACUUUUAUAUUAUUAUACAAUUUUUGAAGAUUUUUUUCCCGUUGUUCCUGUAAUUUAAAGAUGGCGCCAAAAAUUACUGCUCCAUGGCGUACAGUUAAUAUCUGAAACGAAAAUUCUUAAAAAAAUAAAAUGACGGACAUUUGAAAAAAUUGUUCAAAAAUUAACCUUUUUUUCUACUUAUUUCAGCCAUAAAAAUUGUAUUAUUACUUGUUUUGGCCAAAUUUGUUGUAAACUAUUAUAUAGAAAACUAAAACAAACAAAAUUCAUCAAUGUUUAUGAAAAUCGACCGACUAGAUCCGGAGAUUUUGAGAAAAACUACGUUUUUAAACCUGGCGGACAGUUAAUCUUCGAUCUAGUCAGUUCUUUUUAAUAAACCUUGAUUAAUUUUGUUUGUUUUGAUUUUCUCUACGAUAGUUUACCACAAUUUGACAAAAAAAUUUGUGUUUGAAAAAAUUUCCAUUUUUGAACAAUUUUUUCAUAUGUCGACCAUUUUGUUUUUUUUUUUAAGAAUUUUAAAUUUUUCUGGUAAACCAUCACGUAAGGGCAUUUCUUUUUUAAAACCAUUCUCGAACUUAUGUGUUAUAUUUGCUGUUUCAGAGGUUAACUGUUCGCCAUAGAGCAGUUAGUAAUGAUUGGACGAAAAAUUUUUGGCGCCAUCUUUAAAAUACACGAACAAUAAAAAAAAUACUUAUUUAGAUUCAUGAGCUUCUUAUUAAAGUGAAUAUUGUCGCUCCUAUAAACUUUCAUUGUUGUUCAGACUACCCAUACUUUUAAAAAUAUUAUUUAAGUAAUUACUUUAUUAAAUAUAACCAUUUUUGCAAAAAAAAAUGUUUAUCUUAAAUCAAAUAUAAUUGAUUAAUCAAAAAUUUCCUCGACAUCAAGAGUACUACUACUAGAACUGCCAAUACGAUCUUACCAAUUAUAAUAUAAGUGUUAGAAGUUGGUAACAACACCAAAUAAAAUUAAAUAAAGUAAAUACCAGAAACGCUAAUUUACUCCUCUUGUAUUUUGUUUAUUUUUUAUCAACAUUUUAUCAUACUGCCGAAAACCAAUUGUUCACAUAAAAUGAUCAAAAUUGGAAUUCGAUAUAAAUCAUAAUUCUUUUUAAUUUCUGAUAUUUAAAAAUUUUAUUCUGUUCAUAUUUUAACUGUGUAUGUUUAGAUUUUUUUAUUAUACAUAUUUUAAAGCAUU